UGUCACACUUCAAACCCGGACUGUUGUAACUGGGAACGUGUGCUCUCACCACACGGAGUCCAACGCUCUAUGACUGAGCUACUGGACUAGCUUUGGCAGGAACCGGCUUUGGUAGGAAGACAGUAAGACACCUGUGCCAGGCACGUUGGGCCUCAGUAUCAACUCUGAGCUCCUGCCAACAUUGUGAGACUACCAAGUCAUUCCACUGAGACUAUAGAGUCAUACUGGUCUAUCUGCUGGCAGUGAUACCGCAAGCUAGCUUUGGAAGUUGAUAAUACUAUCGACUAGCCAUGCCUAAGGAGGGAAGGUCGUACCGUCGCCGGAGCCGCUCGUCUAGCGAUCGAGACUCGCCGGAGCGUGACAGGAGGAAACGGCCAGCCAGACGUCGCUCCCGCUCUCGGAGCAAGGACCGCUCCUCUCGCUCUCGUCGCUCCCCCGUCAGCCAAUCAUCACGGAGAGAGCGAAGCAGACGGGAGCGGAGCCGGCGGUCCAGGAGCAGGGAGCAUAGGCGGAGCCGGAGCCGGAGCAGGGACCGCAAGAGGCGCCGCACCCGCUCCCGCUCCCGAUCCGCCAGUCCGGAUCGCCGUAAGUCGGACAGACGCACGGAGACGACAUCCGCCCCGGCCGCAGCGGCGACACAUGACCAGGAGAACAACUCGGCCUUCGACCCCACCACCAUGGAUAAGGAGGCGGAGCAGCAGAGGCUGGAACUCGAGAUGAAGAAAAGGCGCGAACGGAUCGAAAAAUGGCGCGCAGAUCGGAAGGUCAAAGAGAUGGCUCAGGCUAAGAAGGAGCUGGAGAAGGGCACACUGCUGGAAAACCUCCAGAUCCCCAAGAAGAAGUGGAAUUUAGACGAGGACGGUUCGGAUGACGAGGAACCCAAACGUACCACCGGAGUGACCUCAGACCAGUCCAAGGACACGGUGGAGGUGAAGAAGGAGGAAGAAGAAGAGGAAGUGGACCCGCUGGAUGCCUUCAUGCAGGGCGUGCACGAGGAGGUCCGUAAGAUCAAAUCCGGCCGCAGUGGCUCCGCCGCCGCUGGAGGUACACCCUCCGCCACCGGUUCAUCGACCACCGGCAGUGGUACCGUGGUGAUAAAAGCCGUCAAAACCCGAGCUGUGGCUGGAGAGGAGUCGAAAACUAAGGGCGAGUUGAUGGAACAAGAUCAGGAUGGCUUGGAGUAUUCGGAAGAGGAGCCCGAGAUGGAUAUUCACGAGGCGAAUGAGAGACUGGCGCAGAAAGGUAAGAAGGAGCUGAUGAAGAUCGACCACAACAAGAUCGUCUACCAGCCGUUCAGGAAGAACUUCUGGGUGGAGGUGCCCGAGCUGAAGGCCAUGACUCCGGCCGAUGUGGAGGCUUACAGAGCGGAGCUGGAGGGUAUCAAGGUGAAGGGUAAGGACGUCCCCAAGCCCAUCAAGACCUGGUCCCAGGCCGGCCUCAGUAAGAAGGUUAUGGACGUGCUGAAGAAAAACGACUAUGAGAAACCAACGCCCAUUCAGGCUCAGGGAAUACCGGUCAUUCUAUCAGGUCGCGACAUGAUCGGUGUGGCCAAGACGGGCUCGGGUAAAACUCUGGCCUUUGUCCUACCCAUGAUGAGGCACAUCGCUGAUCAGCAUGAGUUGGAGGACACGGACGGACCCAUAGCAAUCAUCAUGGCCCCUACCCGGGAGCUCUGCCUCCAGAUUGGCAAAGAGUGUCGGAAGUUCGCCAAGCCUCUCGGACUCCGUGCUGUCUGCGUGUAUGGAGGAACCGGUAUCAGUGAACAAAUCGCGGAACUCAAACGCGGCGCUGAGAUCAUCGUCUGUACGCCGGGUCGUAUGAUCGAUAUGCUGGCCGCCAACUCUGGCAGAGUCACUAACCUGGUCCGAGUCACCUAUAUUGUGCUCGAUGAGGCAGACAGGAUGUUUGAUAUGGGAUUUGAGCCACAGGUGAUGAGAAUCAUCGACAACGUCCGCCCGGACCGCCAGUGUGUGCUGUUUAGCGCCACAUUUCCGCGCCAAAUGGAGGCCCUGGCGCGCCGCAUUCUCAUCAAACCCGUCGAGGUGCAGGUCGGAGGGAAGAGCAUCGUCUGCAAAGAUGUGGAACAGCACGUGAUUCUGUUGGACGAGUCGCAGAAGUUCUUCAAGCUGCUGGAGCUGCUCGGGAAGUCGGAUCAGCAGGAAAGCACGCUCAUCUUUGUGGACAAACAGGAAUCGGCUGAUGACCUUCUCAAGGACCUCAUGAAGGCGAUGUACCCCUGUAUGGCGCUACACGGAGGUAUCGAUCAAUUUGAUCGAGACUCGACGAUCAAUGACUUCAAGUCGGGCAAGAUCAACCUGCUGAUCGCCACCUCGGUAGCGGCGCGAGGUCUGGACGUCAAACACCUGACUUUGGUGGUGAAUUACGACUGUCCUAAUCACUAUGAGGAUUACGUACAUCGGUGUGGUCGCACCGGCAGAGCUGGAAACAAAGGUCGUGCCUACACCUUCCUAACCGAAGACAACGCUCGACAAGCUGGGGACAUCAUCAAAGCCCUGGAGCUCUCAGAGUCCAACGUACCGACUGAUCUCAAACAGCUCUGGGAACAAUACCGGCAACAGCAAUCGGCGGAAGGGAAAAAGGUCCGCACGGGUGGCGGUUUUGGCGGCCGCGGCUUCAAGUUCGACGAGAACGAGGCACAGACGACUACGGACCGAAAACGGUUCGAAAAGGCGGCACUGGGUCUCCAAGACUCGGACGACGACGAUCUGAACGACGACAUGGACUCCAAGAUCGAGUCGAUGCUGGCUCCAAAACGCUCCGUCAAGGAGGUCAACAAGCCCCCGCUGCUGACGCCAGUGUCUUCCACGGCGGCUUCCACACCGACUUCAGCUGCAGCGGCGGCGGCGGCGGCCGGCGCCGGCCUGCUGGGGCCCGUACCGACGCAGCCCAGCCCAGAAGUGCUGGCGCGAAUGGGCGGGCCGGCGUUCGCUAAUCUGGUCCGAAUCUGCGACUCUCUUUCCUCCGCAGCAGCGAUGGGAGCAGCCAUGAACGUGCCUCUGGCUCCUGGAAUGGCGCCAGCCAUGCCUGGACUCCUGGGACCCCCGCCUGGAGUAGCGCCGCCCGGAGCACCGCCAUUCAGCGUACCACCCCCGCUGGCGGCCGGAGGGGCGACGCCAUCGGGAAUUCCUGGAUUGAUGUCGACUUCACCAUUCGCUGGAGCGAGUGGAAGUGAUAAGCUUGAGCUGGCGAGGAAACUAGCGCUGAAGAUUAACGCCCAGAAGCAGUUGUCGAGUAAUGCUGCGGCUAUAGCGGUGUCUGUGGCAAGUGGAGUAGGAGGAGGAGCGGGGGUGGUGAGACCGGGAGGAGACGGACUGCUGGGAAGACCGGGACAGACGCCAGUGUUGACGGCUCGUAUGGUAGCCGAACAACUCGCUGCCAAGCUCAACACCCGUCUCAACUACAUCCCCGAGGAAAAGACGGAAGAGGAACCCGAACCAGAGGAGCCCGUCUUCACAAAGUACGAGGAGGAGCUGGAAAUCAACGAUUUCCCGCAACAUACGAGAUGGAAAGUCACCAGCAAGGAGGCGCUCGCUCAAAUCUCCGAGUACUCCGAAGCCGGUAUCACAGUCCGCGGCACAUACUACGCCCCUGGUACAAAAGUACCCGAGGGCGAGCGGAAACUCUUUCUUGCCAUUGAGUCCGCUUCUGAACUGGCCGUUAGCAAGGCUAAAGCCGAGAUCACACGGUUGAUCAAGGAAGAGCUGGUGAGGGCGCAAACACAGCACGCGGUGGGUAAUAGGGGUCGGUAUAAGGUGUUGUAGGGGAGAGAGGGGUAUGCUAGGGAGAGCGAGAGGGGUUAGUGAGUGAGAGAGAGGAUGGGAGAAAGAUUCGUGCUACAUUGGUUCUUGUCUAGUAAGGAAGUGGAGGGUGUCUUAGUUUGUGUUUGAGAGAAUUUGGGGAGAACGAAGCUUCUUUUGUCCAAUGUGUGCGUGAGGGAGGAUUGUGUUUAGCUUGCGGCUGAGAGGCUAGCAGAGACUAGCGCUCCAUUGCUCUAGUGCUCGCGCGUGGAGAAAGGAAGACACGGGCUUCUCUUCAGAGGCUAGGAGAGGUAGAUGAACCAUAUCUUUAGUUCGAAAGUUUGGCAAGAGAGUGAUGGCUGCUUGGCGUUUGCUUUUUAGGAUAGGAGAGAUGAAUGUUUUAGUAGACUCCUGUGGUAAAAUGAGUUUGAUGCUUCGUUG